AUGCGCAUCCUCUGCCUGGGCCUAACUCGCACCGGAACAAACUCCCUUGUCGUAGCCCUCCGCAAACUGGGCUACACGCCGUACCACGGCUCCGAAUGUUUCAAAUCUCCGCCCCGAGACUUCAACCUCUGGAUUGAAGCACUGAACUGUAACUUCUUCAACCGGGACCCGAACAAUAUCCCCCGUUAUGGCCGCGAGGAAUUCGACCGACUCAUCGGCACCUACGACGCCGUCCUCGACAUCCCGGCCUCAAUAUUCUGGGAGGAUCUCAUCCACGCCUACCCGGACGCAAAGGUCAUCCUGACAACCCGGGACUUCGAUUCCUGGUGGGUGUCCAUGGACAAGACGCUGUUUCGGUUCAUCCGGAUGCCGUUCUUCCGGUAUUGGCAGUACUGCGACAAGAAGCAGAUUGGACCGCUGUAUCGCAUGUCUGAGCUGGUUUGGAGGGUUUUUUGUGGGAAUUGUUACGAGAGGGGGGCGUGUGAGGAGGCGUUUCAUGAGCAUUAUCGGAAGGUGAGGGAGGCUGUUCCGCAGGAGAGGAGGUUGGAGUUGAAGGUCGGGAGGGAUGGGUGGGAUGUGCUGUGUCCGUUUCUGGGGGUUGAGGUUCCUGCGGAAGAGUGGCCGAGGGAGUAUACUGCGAAGGCGCUGAAUGAGCAUGUCGAUAUGGCUUUCUGGGGGGCUGUUGGAACGCUUCUUUCCUGGGUUGGACUGGGUCUGGUGGUUGUUUUGGGUGCGGUUUGGUUGGGAGGGUAUGCUGGGGGGUAUCAUGAUGAGAUUUGA